GAUUGGCAGGGAUGAAGGAGUAGUUAAAGUUUUAGGAAUUGAUCGAGUAUUAGUUAUUGAAAAUUUAGUAUCAGGUUUGAGAAAGAAAGUAUUGAAUCAUCCAUCAAGUAUAAAAUCACUAAAACAUCUAGAUAUAGCCCCACCAGAAAUUACAGUAGAUAGAUCAUGGGUACAUGCUGGUGAAGGACAUGAAGCUCAAUUAUCCUGUACCGUCCAUGGAGAAACUAAUCCAGAGAUAACUUGGUAUCAAGACUCGUUUCCCAUUCAGCAAUCCGAUAGAAAAUUAAUGGAUUUCCGCGGAGAGAAACAUUCUUUGAUUAUAAAAAAUGUUCAAGUCGGAGACUUCGGUAAUUACAGUUGCAUAGCCGACAAUUCUCUAGGAAGAGCGAAAAAGUACAUAGAAUUAUCCGGAAAACCUGGUCCGGCUAAUUUUCUUUCUCCGGUUUAUGGCCGCUCCAGAGACUCUUACAAUUUAACAUGGGCCGUACAAAGUUGGCCACCCCUGGAAGAAGUUCGACUUAUGUACAGAAAAUUGAUGGCCGCAAGUUUGGCUUCCUGCUCACCAAGUUCUAAUUUCUUAUACCAUUAUACGAGUCCUACUACAUCAUAUAAG